UGUAACUUUAAGUUUAUAUAGUUUUUAACAAAAAGAGAUAAAUCUUAUUUAGUUUAUCCACACCAUCUUAAUCCUAUCUCAAUCUUUGUGUUUUUUUUUAUAGUUUACAAUACCAUUGCGUAUUCUAUAACACCAAAAGAUAAUUUUUUUUUAUAGAUGUCAAGAAACGAGGUUUUCCCUCACACAAAAGGAUGGACAAUGUAACUCGUAUCAAAAAGAAAAUUUUCAAUAAAAUUUUUCAGAAGAAAAGUAAUGAACAAGGCUAUGUUCGACCUAAUAAGGAACGAAGCUAUGUACGAACUUCAGGCGUGCACCCCUUGAAAAUAUCUGAAGUAAUAUAG